AUGGGAAGAGAUAAGAGGAAGGAGGAAGAUGAGGAUUCUGGCGAUGACGUUUACGUUGUGGAAGCUGUCAUAAACAAACGCAAAGCUAAAGACGGAAAAAUCGAGUAUUUGUUAAAGUGGCAGGGUUUUCCACUUGAAGAAAGUACCUGGGAACCUGAGGAGAAUGUAGCUUGUCACGAAUUGAUCGCGGAAUUCGAGAGGAAGCGGAACAAGAAGAAGGAGCCACAAACAGCUCCAUCGGAGAAGCGUGACGAGAAACAGCUACAUCGUAUUAUCGGACUGACGGAUGCACCC